UCGGGUCCGCCAUUUCAAUUUUUUGAACUUACUUGUGCCAACUUCCAGGAUUUGAUUCAAAAUUACAUUCAGGAAUUGUGUGGAAUUUGGAGGAUUUCUACAGCUACUUGUAUAUUCUGACUUUGCAACACUACGAGGGAUACAUUGGCUGCAUAUUUGAAAGUAACGCUUCGAAAAGCGAUUCAGAUGCCGUACAUUUUUUGAACGUGUUCAACGGGAACGCGGUAAAGUUUUUUUGUAUGAGUUGAAUACUGGUUGCGGAUAAGGGGAGGCGAAGGGAAGGCCCGUGAAGCCUCGGCUGUGGAGUGGCAAUCAUGGCCGGAAAUUUUGACGCUGAAGAUCGGGGAAGCUGGUUUUGGGGUAGAUUAAGUCGACAAGAAGCAGUUUCUCUGCUACAGGGACAAAGGCAUGGGGUUUUCUUGGUGAGAGACUCAAUUACCUGCCCUGGCGACUACGUGCUGUCCGUUUCAGAGAAUUCCAAAGUCUCACAUUAUAUAAUCAACAGUAUCAACAACAAUCGGCAGUCUGGACCAGGCCUGGCGCUCCCACGCUUUCGCAUCGGGGACCAAGAGUUCGACGCCCUGCCCGCCCUGCUCGAGUUCUACAAGAUCCACUACCUGGACACCACCACGCUAAUCGAGCCCAUCAACAAGGCCAAGCACCCGUCGUUCAUCAGCAGCAGCGCGGGGGGCGGGGGCGGACCCCUGAGGCAGGAGGAGGAGCUGGUGCGGGCGCUCUUCGACUUCCCCGGCAACGACGAGGAGGACCUGCCCUUCCGCAAGGGCGACGUGCUGCGGGUCCUGGAGAAGCCGGAGGAGCAGUGGUGGAACGCCUCCAACAGCGAGGGCCGCGUGGGCAUGAUCCCCGUGCCCUACGUGGAGAAGUACCGGGCGGCUGAGGCAGGCGACGGCGGGCUGCUGGGUGGCGUGGGUGGUGGUGGCGGUGGCAUCGGCGGGAUGCCCAACGCUGGGAGCGUCCAUCCCGAUGGGCAAAACUCCCAGGGCCCGCCGCUGCCGGCGCUGGGAGGUGGUGGCGAACCGGGGCCUUACGCGCAGCCCACGCCGCUGCCCAACCUCCAGAACGGGCCCGUCUUCGCCCGGGCCAUCCAGAAGAGGGUGCCCAACGCCUACGACAAGACCGCCCUGGCUCUUGAGGUGGGCGACAUGGUGAAGGUGACGAAGAUCAAUGUGAACGGCCAGUGGGAGGGCGAGUGCAAAGGCAAGAGAGGCCACUUCCCCUUCACACACGUCCGGCUGCUGGACCAGCACAACCCUGAGGACGAACUGAGCUGAGGCUACCACAUGUUGUUGGUUGGACCCCCCACUCCUCUCUCUCUCUUCUCCUCCCCUCUCCCUUUCUCUCCUCUCUUCUCCCUCUCCCUCUCCCUCUCCUCCCAGCAGUCCCCCCUCCCCUGAACUGAGUCGAGGCUCUCCCAUGUCAUAUGGACCUCUGUCCUGUCCUCUCCUGUCCUCUCCUCUCCUCCCAGAGCUCACCACCCAACACCUCUCUCCUCCAGUGACCGCACCUCCUCAUGCCCCUCCCUUGCCCCCCUUCAAAUCCUCCUGUGUUUAGCCACACACCCCUCCACACUACACGUGCGUGUCGUUUCUCCAAACUUGUCUGUCCUUGUUGAUCUGCUGAAGUUUUAUAUUGGACAUUCAUCUAACAUUUAAAAUGACUCUUGGUGUCAAACCAUCUUUGAAACUCAGACAAAAUUGGGUAACACUUUAUUUUAACAAGGCUUUUGAUUACAGUGUACUUACUCAUUCUCUUGCUCAGUGGAAUAACGGGGGUAACCACAUGUACGUGCAACUGUUUUACACGUUAUUACAUCAUACUCACAAUGUGUUUUUGUGUUUCAACAUACCAAGCAUGCCUUGGGACUCACUUCAGCCAUUUGCCUCCCUGGAAGAAUCCAUGACUUUGGCAAAGUAUAUUAAAACCACUACAUUAGUACAUUAGGGAAUGGUGAUGCAUAAAAUAUGUAAUAACAUGUACUACAGUUGUACUUGCAUGCUAUUACACAGCUAUUCCACUGUAUCUAAUGAGUAAGUACACUGUAAUUAAAGCCCCAUUAAAAUGGUGUCACUCAAAUUUCCUCAUAUGCCUCAAUAAAUACUUAAUUUAUUUUCCUGACUAAUCACAUCUGUAGUUUGAAUGGUAAAUAGAUGUCCAAUAUAAAAGCGGAUCCUACCCAAAUUGACAUAGGACAGAGAAAAUGUCGCCAGUUCAGAGAAAUGGCUUGCACACCUUACACAUCUCACUUUCUCAGCCACACUCACUGGGUGCACUCCAAUAUGCGGACUUGCGUCCUCCACUUGUGCUUGUGGCCUCGUACCAGGCCAUGAUGACAUCACUGACAACAGCAUUGUAUUUCAGUAUCCUGCAAAAGCUCAAUUUUACAGUCAUUUUCUCAUUUGCAAACUGGAUGAUGAAUGAAGAACAGUCCCCCAUUUUUUUUUGUGACUAGGCUGACCGUGGGGAAACUUGAUUGUUUUUUCCAUGGAGAUGGGUCGUCAGCAAAACGCAAGGCCACAAGCACAAGUGGAGGAAGGGAGUCCACAUCUUGGAAUGCACCCAUAGUCUCCCCCCCUCUCGUUCCUCGCCCGCCCCUUUACUUCAGUGCACCACACCUCCAUCACCUCACUUUUUGCGUUUUAUCCGCUAAUUGGGGGCCAAUAUGUUGCUCUUCAAGCCCGCCGUUACCCCUCCCCCAAAGUAUUGUGCUUCAUGACGGAGCUCUUGGCAUCCACAGACAGACGCCGUGCCACAAGCUACCCACCCCCACCCCCACCACACACACACACUGACUGACUGACCGAACUUCUGAACCAAGUGAGAAGUACGAGGAACUCGGUGGAGGGAGAAAGGUGUACUGCACACUACCAGACCUGGUGGGGGUGGGGGGUGGGCUCAGCACGGCGAUGGAUGGAUGGGCCUCUGGGGUCGGAGGUCAGCUGAGCGUUACCUUCCUCCAAUGACUGCAGAACGCUGAAGAUUCGCCACACACUACACUAUACUAGACUACACUACACUAUUACUACCCACCCCUACACUACCCGCGCCUGCCUGCCUGCCUGCUGGAAGACGUAAUAGCCAGAGGCUGCACCCCCCACCCCCACCCCACCCCCCUCACAUUCACACUACUACAACAAAGCUCAUAACCAAGUUCACAUGUGUACAAGAAGAAGCAACAUGGAGAACAUGCUCAUGGAAAAUGUAGGUAUUGCUGUGGUUACAGGAGUGAGCUACAGAAAAAUCAUGUUUUUCCCCUUCUUCUGCUUUGUUCACGUUGAAAGUGAUCCAUUUAAUGCACUGCUUUCUUUCUUUCUUUCUUUUUUUUUUUUAUAAACCUGAUGAAAAAUUUGAGCCCUGAACAAUGAGAAAUGCCAUUUCGUGGGGAGGGGGGAUGUCUAAAUGAUUGAUAGAUUAAAACAGGGGUGAGUAAUUCUUAAGUUUUUGUUUGCUAGUGCACUGCAAUGACUCCUUGUGCACACAGUGACUUGGGAAGAUCUCUGAAGUGAUGGCCAGACACAUUCAAUGGACCAUUGCUAUCAAAUGUGUUGGUCUCCCCUUGGCAUCGGGUUUCUGGUAACACUUAUGAAGCGCGUGUUCACAGGCUUAUGAAGGUUUAUAAUGCAUUCACAAAGUAUGUACAACAUUCACCACAUUCAUAAAGUAUUCACAACUUUCUCAUGACUGUACUCCUAGGGCACAAUGUUUUAUGUCAUAGGCUCUAUUUCAUCCUCACAGGGUGACACGUGGUGGGCAUUGUUAUGAUACGGCGUCACCUGCCUUACGAGUGCAGUUAUGGGUAUGUAAGUAGCCGAAUACUACUUAUCGACCGUUCUUAAGCUUUAUAUCAGCAUUACAACAUUUAAAAAAUGUGUAGAGGCUUCUGAAGGUUUCUUGAAAAGUGUUGCCAAGUGUCUUCGGUCAACUGUAGAUGUUAUAGGAAAGGUUCUUCCCAAUUUUACAAGAUGUAGGAUUUCAUGAAGUUACAAAAUAACACCUCUGCUGUCACUCAAACACCAUUUUCUCCCACUAUUUUAUUUUUAUUAUUAUUAUUAUUAUUAUUAAAUUUGCACAUGUUAACAUUGCUUUUAGAGUGAUGCCCUGGCAAAUCGUUUUUUUUAAUGUUCAUCCAUUUUCUGUGCACGUGUUGUUCUGUCCCCCGGUAAACAUUGCAAAGUGUUGCAUAGAACCAGCUUUAAAGGUCCACUGUGGGUUUUGUUUUAUUUCUAGAUUGUAUUGCUGCCCAUUCACAAAUAUUGUCUUUUUCAUGUAUAUUUACUACCACCAUCAAUUUCUGGAGUUAUUCAUUAUGACUUGCACUUUUCAUACAUGAGCAGGUGGAUUGUCUCCAUGUCUGCCAUUUUGAAUGAAAAAUGAGAAAAGGUCGCACCAUGCAUGGGUUUCUUUAUUAUUACAUAGAGUGCGUUGCAAUAUGCGACCUUACCUCCUCUACUUGUGCUUGUUUCCUCGUACCAGGAAGUAAUAUGUCAUGAUGACAUCACUGACAACGGCAUUAUAUUUCAAUAUCUUGUGCAUACUGAGGAAGGCAGAACGCAGAAACACGUCUGUGUAAUAAUAAAGAAACCUACGCAUGGUGCGACCUUUUCUCAUUUUUCAGUUUUACAAUAUUUUGGUCAGCACUCUUAAAAGAAGAAAAACUUGUUGGGUGAAGCCUGCUCAAACCUUUAUGAACUUUUGCCAUUUUGAAUGAUCCAUCAUGGAUAUCUGGGGCUGCAAAACAUACUGUACAUUGUUCAAACCAAUUGAUAUGAAGUUGAUUAUAUUGUAAUUAUUCCUGAAAAGAUCUAGUUGGCGAAUGGGCUGCAUGCAUUUUGAGUACAGAUAAGUACAUUUACUCCCUGGACCGUUUAAAAAGAAGGCAACCUAAAAAAUAUGCUUCAUGGUUUUACUGAUGCGUUGGUAUACUUAAAGAUGGUUCUAUACUUCACUUUUUACAGAUAAGUGCAGCAAGCCGUCCUGUUUAAGUUGUUGCGCGUGGAAGCUAGGGGUUUAGUGGAUUGUCUUGGUACACGUCAGAGGAUUUCCUGAAGCUACUAUGUCAUGGUUAACCAGGGGGGCAUUUCUCGACAGCUUAGUUGUUAGCCAGUUAACAACUUGGAUAGUUCACAAUGGGAAAUUGCUUUGCAAACAACAAGGUAGCUAACAUAGUUAGUAAUGAUGGUUGUUACCAACCAUCUGGAAUAUUGUCAAUCACUUAGCUCUGGAAAGGCGUGGGUGUGUUCAAAACAGCUCGAACCUAAUUGAAGAAUUCACAUGGCUUUUUAAAAAAAUCCACGUACUACUUCAACCACUGACUUGUAUAUACCCCGCCCCGCGAUCCCACCCUGCGAUGCUGAUUGGACAGGCUGUGAAAUAUCUGAUUCCGUUCGGGCUAGUCUAAAAUUUCUAGACCCUCGUGUGAGCUCACAAAGUUUAACGAAGAUGCACAAAGGGUCUGCGUGAGAGCCAGGCUAUGCCUAAUGGCCUAAAUGUCGUAAAUUCUAAAAAUGAGCUUGCUCAUUAGAGUGGAACUUAAAUUAGACAAUCACUUGAUUGUAAUCACCGGUUAAGAGAAGAAUGUGAUCAGAAAUUAUCUGUUAGGUGGCAUAUUAUCACCCUCCCAUAAGGCUUUUAAAAAUAUAUGUGUGUGUGCAGGUGCUUGGAACUCUAAAUACUAAAGAUCAAUGUUAACUUUAAUGAAUGCUAUCUGGUGAAAAGGUCUUAUGACGAAAACCGUACAAUAAUAGAAGUUAAAUUCAGUCAUUUGUAGCAUUCCUUUUGUACUUUGUAAAGCAGACUCAAUUCCUCAUUCUUGCAAAUAAUAAUUAUUUUUUAAAUGAUCAUAAUUAAGUGGUUAUCCUUUGAAAAUGAAAAAUGAAUGUUGCUUUGUUUUAAUUGUGACAUGAAGAAAGAACGCAAUGGCUAAGUGCGAAACUGCUUUAGUCAGUGAAUUCUCUAAAUAUCACUGGGUUUUCCUGUGUCCAUUUAUCUGAAGGAAGUGAAGUCAAACAUUGUUUCAUUCUCUUGCAGUUUACAACUGUUAUGUUCAUGUAAAUGUAACACUGAACUCUUUGUGCCAAUGUUUUAAUGGUAUAUAUAUUAUUUUGUUUCUGUUGCCAUAUUUGCAGACCGUAUGUGACUUGUGUUUAUCACUACUCAGUCUCACCCUCUCUGGAUGUCUGAACAGUUCCUAGUGGCAGGCAGCCUUCUUAAACACCCUUUAGUGCACAACAUUCAUUUUGACAUUCUUCUGAAGAAAACGUGCCUGUUUUUUUUUUUUUUUUUUUUUAAUUCUCAAACCAAGCAGAAAGCAGUUGUCUUUUUUUCUACAUGUAAAGCAGUAGUAGAGCAUAAUUCAGUUGCAAAGCUCUGAAUGUGCUGAAAUGAAUCUCCCUUCUAAUGACUGCGACCGUUGAAGGCACAGACCCGGAGACCCUCAAAUUCCACUUUUAAGAAACAGUAACACUGACUUCUUUGUUUGGGGGGGAGACACAUUUUCAUGCAUGCCCAUUUUUCUUGUAAUCAUUUUUAUUCCUUCUGUAACUGUCAAUCAUGCCUUCAAUUUAAAUAUUUUAAUGCAUCAUAUUUUAAUGUUUUAUGUAAGUUCAUUACAUCCAGAUGGAAGGGGAGGAGUUAACCUUCAAUGUCAGUAUGUUAAUAUCGAAAUGUGCCAUUGUAUUAAACACUAUAUUCUUGCAAAACAUUUUAAUUUGACCCGUUUGUUUUCUGUAGCAUGUAAGUUGAAUAUAGCUAAUAAAGUAUUGCUGAAGAGGA